ACAGGAGAGAGAAACAUGCUGGGGAACUACGCGAUGGAACUUUGUGUAGCUGCAGUGCUUUUGUCGUACUUCGCUCCAGCUUUGGCUUCCCAAAUGGAGGAAAUUCAUGAGCACGACAAGCCAUUUCAUUAUGAUUAUGAAUCCCUGAGGAUCGGUGGUAUGAUCUUUGCUGUGAUCCUUUUCUUAAUGGGGAUCUUCCUCAUUAUCAGUCGGAAAUGCCGCUGCAAAGGGAACAAGUCCAAGCCAGUGGGUCUCGACCCAGAGGCAGCCAGAGGUGCAAAAUAAAGUUAACCGAGGGAACCGAGAAAAAAGGUGACACUGCCUCCGCUUUUGGAUUCAUUGUGAUGUUCUAUAGCCUGCAUAAAUGUUUACAACUUUGUAUCUCUGGUGUUUUUAAUGGAAAGAAUGGCUCCUUAAGGAGAAAUCUUAAUCAGAACUUUGACCAUUCAGAAGAAGAAAAAGUUGAGGAUUUAGUUCUUCUAGUGUUCACAAUUUUUUAAUCGUCUUUGUUUCCUAAAUAUGUGAGUAUGAGUGCUCCUUUAAAAAAAAAGUUUUAAAAACGUUUAAAUAAAACCAUUGAUUCUCAGCUAGAACUACUUAUAAUGUUUAACUACCUUUGAUAGUCCUCCCCCCUCACCUUUUGUAAUGUUUUUUAUUUUUAUUUUGUCUCCCAGUGAAGUGCUCAGUAUAGCUAAAAGCAAAAAGUAGGCAUUUUAUAUAUUUUGUAAAUGGUCCAUUCUGAUUUUUUCAUGUUGCAGAAGUAACAAAUCUAACUGUAGGCCUACACUGUUGUUGAAAAAUAAAAUGAUUUUCACUGAAA